AUGCGUUACGCUAUUUAUACCCUCGCCCUUGGGGCAACCUCGACCCUGGCGGUCCCGGUGUCUGUGAUACCGUACAAUGGUACCCUGCCGAAUGUCCCCGGCAGAAUCGGUACCCCACUUACGCCCCCAUCCAGAGAUCGUGCUGGAUUGCAGUCUCGUACCUUCCUGCCUCUUAUCGAAUGGCUCGGCCACCACGGCUCGGCCACUUCCACUACCUCUUGUGAAACAUGCGAGGCUUCCGGUAGCGCGACUAGCAGCGGCGCUGUUAGUGUGACCCCCACCGUCUGUGAAAAAUGUGAGAAUGGCCAUGGGAUUGGCGUGAGCGUCAGCUUCGGAACCGACCCUAGUGCCUCUGCAGGCGCCAGUGUCAGCGGAAGUGUGAGCGGAGGCGUCAGUGGUAGUGGUAGUGUCGGUGCCAAUGCUGGCGCGGAUGUCAGUGGAGGCGCCAAUGCCGGUGUUAGUGGUGACGCUGGAGCUGAUGUUGGUGCCAGCGGCAGCGGAGAUGUUAGCGGUGGUGCUAACGUUGGAGGUGAUGCCAGUGGUGACGCCGGAGCUGGCGUGAGUGCCACGGGCAGUGGAGAUGUUAGCGGCGGAGCAACUGGUAGUGCCAACGCUGGAGGAGAUGUUGGCGGCGGAGCGAACGCUGGUGCUAGCGGUGAUGCUGGUGCUGACGUAGGUGCCACUGGCAGUGGAGAUGUUAGCGGUGGCGCCGAUGUUGGAGGCGGAGCUAACGUUGGUGGUGAUGUUUCUGGUAGUACCACUGUUGGAGGAGGUGUCAAUGCCGGCGGUGACGUUGGUGCUAGUGGUGAUGCUGGAGCCAGUGGAAGUGGAGAUGUCUCCGGUGGUGCUAAUGUUGGUGGUAAUGUUGGUGCUAGUGGUGACGCUGGCGCUGAUGUUGGUGGAGAUGUUUCUGGUGGUGUCAACGUUGGUGGUGAUCUUGGAGCUGGCGGAGAUGUCAGCGGAGGAGCCAAUGUCGGCGCAGGUGUCGGUACUAACGGGGAUGCUGGUGUAAAUGUCGGUGGUAACGUUGGAGGUGAUGUUAGCGGCAAUGCUGGCGCUGAUAUUGGUGGAGGAGCCAAUGUCGGUGGUGAUGUCGGCGCUGGCGUUGGUGCCAACGGUGAUCUUGGUGCCGGUGUUGGAGCCAAUGUUGGAGCCAAUGUUGGAGGUAUCCUCGGUGGUAUCGCUGGUCUUGUUGGUAAUGCUGGUGCAGGCGUCGGUGCCAAUGUGGGCGGACACGUCGGUGGAAACGUUGGCGCCAAUGCCGGUGUUGGCGCUGAUGCUGGCGCUGGAGAGGACUGCGACGAGUAA